AUGGAUUUACGAAGAAUGUCUAAUUGGAACGUCUUAAAUGUUGAAGCUGCGCUUCAACAAUUGAAUUAUCAAGAGAAAGAAAAUGAUGGAUUUGUAAUAAUUGUACCUCGCAGUACCACGUACUCGCAGAAGAACUUUAGCGGAGUUGAUGUUUGGGGACAAAUUGCUUUGGAGACAUCGCAGAUGUAUGUUGAAGAAGGUGGUGUCAUUAAAAGUAGAUUCGCAAGUACUACGAUUGAAAAAUUACCUGAUAAAGUAAUUCUCAACAUCUUUGCGUACCUGUCUCAUCGUGAAAUUUGUCGAUUAGCUCGUGUUUGUAAACGUUGGCGACAAAUAGCUUAUGAUACAAGAUUAUGGAAACAUGUUUCUUUAAGGCCUGAGAUCAGUGGACUUCAUGUUAAUUCACUUGAAAUGCUUCUACAACUUAUAAGCGUGCGAUUUGGACCUUCAUUGAGAUACAUUGAAUUGCCAAUUGAACUUAUUACUCAUACUGUACUACACGAACUGGCUAACAAGUGUCCAAAUUUGACUGCCAUGCUUUUGGACUUUUCAACAGCGAUGCAACUGCAUGAUUUUUCUGAAAUGCAAGCAUUUCCAACCAAACUUAAGUACAUGUGUAUUUGUUUAUCUGAAGUUAUUUUCAUGGAAGGUUUCAUGAGAAAAAUUUAUAAUUUUAUUAAUGGUCUUGAAAUUCUUCAUUUGAUUGGAACUUAUGAGAAAAUUGAGGAAGAAGAAGAAGAAAUUUAUGAAGUAAUAAAUGUUCAUAAAUUGAAGUCAGCGACUCCCAAUCUUCGUGUAAUAAAUUUAUACGGAAUAAAUUUCGUGGAUGAUUCACAUAUUGAUGCAUUCUCAUCCAAUUGUAUACAACUUGAAUGCUUGGCAGUCAAUUUUUGUUCAAAAGUUACUGGGUCGACGAUGAAGACAUUAUUUCAAAGAAGUAGAAGAUUAAAAUGUCUUCUUAUGCAGGGAACUAACCUUCAAAGCGAAUACGUCAUGCAAGUUGAGUGGGAAAAAUCGAGUAUCCAAGAAUUAGACGUUACUGCCACAGAUUUGUCAACUGAAUGUUUGAUCGAUAUGUUAACUAGGAUUCCUGGUUUAAGAUUUUUAAGUGCUGGGCAAUUAAAUGGUCUUAAUGACAGCGUUCUCAAAGCUUGGGCUGACAUUGGCAAUCCAAGAAAUUUAAUAGCAGUCGAUCUUGACAGAUCUGACAAUCUUACUGAUGAUGCUCUCCACAAAUUCCUUUCACGAUAUGGUCAUCAGUUAUGGGGCAUUUCGUUAUCUGGUAUGCCACAUAUAACUGAUCAAUUGUGGCAAAGCGUAUUACCAAUACUCACAAAUGCUAAGAUUCUUGUUAUGGGAACACAAGAAAGACUUGGAGUUAAUAUUCACGUAGAUCAGUUGAUGGAUGGUAUUGCAAAUAAUUGUCCAAAUUUGGAAAGAUUGGAAUUACGUUGGGACCCUGAGAAUCUUCGUUUUUCAGAUAAAAGCCAAAAAGCUAUUGACGUUUUACGUGUAAAAUGCAUUAAACUCAAAUGUCUGGUCCUCAGACAGAACUACUGUUGUUCGUACGACAACAUGCUCCAGAAUGAUGAUUUAAAAGAAAAACGACUGAAAGUCGUUUUAGUAGGAGAUUCUGGUGCCGGCAAAACAAGUAUAGCAACAAGGUUUUGCAAUGAUGAAUUUACAAGACAAUACAGUCCAACGGCUGGAAUUGAUUUUUUUAUGAAAAAUCUUUCUUUGGGUCCAUAUAAAAAUGUUAAUAUUUUUGUAUGGGAUGUUGGUGGACUAUCAUUACGAGGAGCUAUGUUGGAUAAAUACGUUUAUUGUGCAGAGAUUAUCCUUUUAGUUUACGAUGUUACCAAUAGUUCAAGUUUUGAGAUUCUUGAUGAAUGGAUUGCUGUAAUAAAUGAAAUAAAUGAUAAACAAGAAGAAAAUAAACCAUUAAUGGUAAUUAUUGGAAACAAAUGUGAUAUGGAUCAUCAAAGAACUGUCAAACGAGAUAAAUCACACCGAUAUGCAGCAGAAAAAGGUUUUAUUUAUUAUGACAUGUCUGCACGAACUGGUGAAGCGGUAGCUUUAACGAUAGCAAAUCUUGCUGCUAAAGUACUCGGUGUACAAUUGACGAGAGUGGACCAAGAUUUUCAUAAACCAAUUAUUACAGCCGAAAUCGGAGACACUGUUGAUAUGCCAACGAUACAAAGAAUUGUCAAAAGACAUCCUACUAAGAAAUCCAUCUUGAAUAACAACUAUCCAACUCUUCCACUAUCCAAAUCAACAGUGUGCUCAUUACAAUAA